GCUUGACGAGAGACAUUGUUGCUUCUGCUUGACGAGAGACAUUGUUGCUUCUGCUUGACGAGACAGAAAACAUGGCAUCUGCAGGUCUCCAGAUUUUGGCCAUCUUCCUGGCAAUCAUUGGCUUUCUGUGGGACAUUGUCAUCUGUGCCCUGCCCAUGUGGAAGGUGAGUCAUUUCAUUGGAAACAACCUUGUGACGGCGCAGACCUAUUGGGAGGGCCUGUGGAUGAACUGCGUGAUGCAGAGGAACACUGGCCAGAUGCAGUGCAAGGUCUACGACUCCGUGCUGGCUCUGUCCCUCGACCUUCAAGCUGCCCGCGCCCUGGUUGUGAUCUCCAUCUUGGUGGCCUUAAUGGGAAUCAUGCUAGCCGUUGCAGGGAGACAAUGCACCAACUGCAUUGAAGAUGAGGAGGCCAAGAGUAAAUUAGCCAUUGCUGCAGGUGUGUUCUUCAUCGUUAGUAGUAUCCUGUGCAUCAUCCCUGUGUCCUGGUCUGCCAACACUGUCAUCAGAAACUUCUACAACCCCGUUAUGAAUGAUGCUGAGAGGAGGGAGCUGGGAGUUGCGCUGUUCAUCGGCUGGGGAGCAUCAGGACUUAUGCUGAUUGGAGGUGCACUUCUUUGCUGCCAGUGCCCGAAGAGUAAGGACAGCGGAUACUCAGCCAAAUACUCUGCCCCAUGCUCCGCAGCCAGUGGAGGAGCCUAUACUUUCUCUAGGAAACUGGACUGACCUAUAAUGUUUAUGCUGUUAACUUC